GGUGGCAACGCUUUUACUGAAACGCCGUGUAUGGUUUGGUUUGUGACUGAAUUGACUGAUAGAUUUGUAAUUUGUAAUUUCUACGUAAAUUUGGCGAAUACUCGACAAGCAAAAUGGCCGCAGGUCCUAUUGCUGAACGUAAUCAAGACGCCACGAUUUACGCCGGCGGACUGGACGACAAGGUAUCGGAAACAUUGCUCUGGGAGCUGUUUGUGCAGGCGGGACCAGUUGUAAAUGUGCACAUGCCCAAGGAUCGUGUCACACAGAUGCAUCAGGGAUAUGGCUUUGUGGAAUUCCUCAGCGAAGAGGACGCCGAUUAUGCCAUCAAAAUAAUGAAUAUGAUAAAGCUAUAUGGCAAACCCAUACGUGUCAAUAAGGCGUCGGCACAUCAAAAGAAUCUGGAUGUGGGCGCCAAUAUAUUCAUUGGUAAUCUGGACGUGGAGGUGGAUGAGAAACUGCUGUACGAUACGUUCUCCGCCUUUGGUGUUAUACUGCAAACGCCAAAGAUAAUGCGUGAUCCGGAAACGGGCAAAUCCAAGGGCUUUGCAUUUAUUAACUUUGCCAGCUUUGAGGCUAGCGAUGCUGCCAUGGAUGCCAUGAAUGGACAAUAUCUAUGUAAUCGUCCCAUAUCCGUGUCGUAUGCAUUUAAGAAGGAUCACAAGGGCGAACGUCACGGUUCGGCGGCGGAACGUCUCUUGGCCGCACAGAAUCCCUCGGCACAUGCGGAUCGACCACAUCAACUGUUCGCCGAUGCUCCUGUACAGAAUAUGAUGCCAGUGAUGCCCGGUCAAAUGAUGCCACCACCCAUGAUGGCACCACCGCCGCCCGUGGUGCCGGUAUCCUCAAACAAUAUGAGCAUGAUUGCACCACCGCCGCCAGUGCCACAGCCAGCACCAUUCCCAGCAACAAUACCACCGCCACCGUUGCCACCCAUGGGUGGGGGACAACCGCCACUGCCGCCGGCAAUGGGCAUACCGCCACCACCUCGCAUGCUCCAGCCCCCGAAUGCGUGGGCACCACCGGGAAUGCCCGCACCACCGCCGCGACCACCGCCAACGAAUUGGCGUCCUCCACCCGUGCCUUUCGCACCGGCGCCCUUUGCACGUCCCUAUCAACCAGAUGGCUAUCAGUACUAACUAACUCAAUCCGAGACGCCUAGCAUGUAGUUUAUACAAUUUUAGACGAUCCAAUAAAACCGAUGAUGAAGAUGUAAA